AUGCCUAGGUUUCUCUCAGGACUUUUCCCGAGCAAUUGGUGCUCGAGCGCGACUUUCUUCCCCAAAUUCCACAACUUCCGCUGCAGAAUGGGCUGCAUUCAGGCCAAAUGCUGCCGUACCUGCUCGCGCUCCUCCGACGGCGACAACAACGAGGAAGAAGAAGAAUCGGGCGCCUUCCCCGGCCCGAACAACCCCCGCAGGCCCGCAUCCGACGUUUCCCUAGACGCCGUCAACAUCCCCUCCCACAAUAUCCGGCUUUCAUACGCCGCCUUCAGCCUUCGCGGCUACUACCCAGAAGCCCCGAACAAGGAGAAUCAGGACAGCUACUGCGUGAAAACCGCCGUCCAGGGAAACCCUAACGUCCACUUCUUCGGGGUUUUCGACGGGCACGGUCUCUGUGGGACCCAGUGCUCGUCUUUCGUCAAAAACAGGCUAAUCGAGAAACUCUCUGAAAACCCAUCCUUACCGGACGAUCCCAUCAACGCCUACAGCUCGGCCUUUCUGGCAACAAACGACGAGCUCCACGCCAGCGAGGUAGACGACUCCAUGAGUGGCACAACUGCAAUUACAGCCCUUGUGAUUGGGGACAAACUGUAUGUAGCCAAUGUGGGAGAUUCGCGGGCUGUGCUGGGAGUCAGGGAAGGAGACAGAGUUCUUGCCCAAGACCUGUCCAGAGAUCAAACCCCAUUCAGAAAGGACGAGUGUGAGAGAGUUAAGCUUUGUGGGGCUAGGGUUUUGAGUGUAGACCAGGUGGAAGGGAUAAAGGACCCGAGUAUACAGUCAUGGGGAAAUGAGGAGACUGAAGGGGCCGAUCCUCCGCGGCUGUGGGUACAGGAUGGGAUGUACCCUGGGACUGCAUUUACUAGGAGUGUGGGAGACAGUAUGGCUGAGAAGAUUGGAGUAGUUGCGGAUCCUGAGGUUUCUACUGUGAGGCUCACGGCUGAUCAUCCGUUUUUCUUGAUCGCCAGUGAUGGGGUCAAUAAAUAUGCUGAUCCCAGGGAAGCUUGUGCUGCAAUAGCGGAUGAAUCUUACAAAUUGUGGUGCGUUAGCGGCUCUCUCUUCGCUGAACUUGCGAAAUUAUGGGUCGUUUUGCUUGCU